UUGUACUUGAACUCUCUCAAUUGCAUCCUCCUUUAGGUCACCAAUGUACUGCUCUAACUCCAUUCUCUCAAGUCUUAGCAUUUUCACUUCUUUCAUCAAAGCAAUGAGAGGAGAACUGACUACUGUAAUGGCCUUGCACUCUGUAGAAGUCCCUCGUCGAGCCUAGUGUGGGGUAGACAAUUAUUGUGAAUAAUUAAAAAAUUAUGAAUGCAUGAAGUACAUACUUGGUUAGAAUGUCAAUGAUUUGUCCAUUCAUGCAAGACAUACUGGGUGCAGGGGCAAGAAUGCAACUCCAAAUGGAAAAUGGAUCUGGCUACCUUUCUUAUUGACAGAGCAUGUCAUAACUACUCACUUGCAAACUACCUCUAUUGGUAUCUUCUGGUGGAGUCUGAUGAUCAAGAUACCGUUGACUCAAGAGUUACCCAAAUGUAUCAACUGGUGCUUAAAAGAUUCAAUUCUUCAUUGAUCAAGGGUGGGCAAGAAGGACUCAGGUAUAGGACUCUACUUAUUAGGCAGCAUGGACUGACAAAUCAAAUUUUGAAACUCAUGAAGCAAGUUGCAAGAGAGAGUGGAAACAGGAAGAAAAAGAUUGAAAGAUUACAGUUACUAUUGAGUGAUUCAGACACCAACAACUUCAACUUUGUGUCCUUCGAUCCAUUGCCAUUGCCUCUACAACCUGAGGUAAAAGUUCAAGGAAUUGUAGCGAAGAAGGCAUCUAUUUUUAAGAGUGCUCUGAUGCCUAGUAAACUGACUUUUAUGACCAUAGAAGGAGAAGAAUACACUAUGAUCUGCAAGAAUGGUGAUGACUUGAGACAAGAUCAACUAAUAUUGCAGAUGAUAACCUUGAUGGAUAAGCUACUACGACAAGAAAAUCUUGACUUGAAGUUGACACCAUAUAGAGUGUUGGCCACAAGUAGCAAAAGUGGCAUGUUACAGUUCAUUGAGUCAAUACCCGUGGCUGAUGUUCUUUCUAAUGAGGGAAAUAUACAGAACUUUUUCCGACGAUACAGUCCCAACGAAUCUACUCCAUAUGGAAUUAACCAAGAUGUAAUGGACACAUACGUCAAGAGCUGCGCUGGCUACUGUGUAAUAACUUACCUAUUAGGAGUUGGUGAUCGACACUUGGAUAAUCUUCUUCUCACGAAAAAUGGUAAACUUUUUCAUGUGGAUUUUGGCUACAUACUAGGCAGAGAUCCUAAACCUCUUCCACCUCCAAUGAAACUCAGCAAAGAAAUGGUAGAAGGAAUGGGAGGUGCCACCAGUCAACAAUAUCAGGAUUUUCGCAAACUUUGCUACACAGCCUUUCUGCAUUUAAGGAGACACUCAAACCUAAUACUGAAUCUGUUUUCAUUGAUGGUUGAUGCCAAUGUUCCAGAUAUCGCUUUGGAGCCUGACAAAACAGUCAAAAAGCUCCAAGAUAAGUUUCGACUAGAUCUGACCGAUGAAGAAGCUGUACAGUACAUGCAAAACUUAAUAGAUGUCAGUGUGGGGGCUGUAUUUGCAGCAGUUGUUGAGCAAAUGCACAAAUUUGCACAGUACUGGAGGCGAUAAAGUGGAUUCACCGGAGUGCACCUAUCAAUGGAUUGAGCUUCCAGCAUGUGUGCAAAGUUUUCCAACCUGCUAAAAGAAUGAACAUCGUAUUUACCUAUCCCAGAAAUUCUGCCACUCAAAUCACUUUACAGUUGAGUAGAUGAAGCAAAAGUGGUUAACAUUUUACAACAAAGUGGUAAUAACAUUUCUAGGACAAUAAGAAGAGAGAGAGAGAAGUUUCUGUCAAAGCCCUCUUUCAUAGGCUAUAACAGGAACAACUAUGUGUCAUUAAACUACAGUGUGUCUAUAAAAAAAAUAUACACCUUUGAAACAGCUGCUGAAUAAAACAAUGUAUGAUUCUGGGGUAAAAGGUUUAUAUGUGUGGAUAGCUUAUGGAAUUAACUUUCAUACGACACCAAAAAGUCAACAACAAAAAUAAUGCAUGGGUGUACACUGCUGACUUUUGUAACGAGAAUGCAAAUUAGGCUGCGCAUGAAUAAGCCUUCCAAUUUGUGAGAAUGCAAAUUAGGCUGCGCAUGAAUAAGCCUUCCAAUUUGUGAGAAUGCAAUAUAGGCUGCGCAUGAAUAAGCCUUCCAAUUUGUGAGAAUGCAAAUUAGGCUGCGCAUGAAUAAGCCUUCCAAUUUGUGAGAAUGCAAAUUAGGCUGCGCAUGAAUAAGCCUUCCAAUUUGUGAGAAUGCAAAUUAGGCUGCGCAUGAAUAAGCCUUCCAAUUUGUGAGAAUGCAAAUUAGGCUGCGCAUGAAUAAGCCUUCCAAUUUGUGAGAAUGCAAAUUAGGCUGCGCAUGAAUAAGCCUUCCAAUUUGUGAGAAUGCAAAUUAGGCUGCGCAUGAAUAAGCCUUCCAAUUUGUGAGAAUGCAAAUUAGGCUGCGCAUGAAUAAGCCUUCCAAUUUGUGAGAAUGCAAAUUAGGCUGCGCAUGAAUAAGCCUUCCAAUUUGUGAGAGGUAAGUCCCUUGGAGCUUACAAAAUUCAGGGUGAUAUAAUAAAGUCAUGAUCAAUUGCGAUCUGUUUGGGUUUGGGUUAUGCAUGAGAGAACAGAAAUUGCAUUUUUUUUUCUUGUACAUGUAGCAUUGUAACUUCCCUUGUAGACUCAAUGGUGUGUGCAUGGGAGUCAGGAUGGGGUGAUGGUACAAACUGUUAUUUUUACAUCUGUGACUUUGAAAAAAACUUUAAACCCACAUUUCAGUUAUUGUAAAAUUAGUUAAACAUCUCAUUGAUUAACCAGAUGGGGAUUAAGUAAAUUUAUUAUUCAAAUGCGGUUUGUUGAAAAAAGGAAUGUCACAGAUGUUGGCUUUAUUCUUCCGGUAACCCAUUGACCUGAAGUAGACGACAUCUUGGAUGUUAUAUGAAAGUUGCGUCCAUUAGCUAUCCAUACAUACAAAACUUUUUUCCCUGGAAUCAUAUAUUUUUUUUAAAGUGUAAUUUUUUUGGGGAGACACACUGUACUAUGGGGGAAAGAAGAUGCAUAUCAUUCAUGUCCAAACCUGUAGUUUUCCAUUUAUUGUGCUAUAUAUGCAGAGAGUUCAUAUGAAACUUGCAAUAAGAAAAAAAGAAGGCUUACUUUGUAGAAUCCAUUUAGUAAGUAUGGACAAAAUUAGUGAGUGUAUUUAUAAUAAUUACAGUGAGUAAGUAAGUAUCUGCAAGUCAAAAUAAGAAACUUAAGUAGUUAAUAAGUAGCUAAGUAGGCCUAAGUAACCAAAUAAGAAACUUAAUAACUAAAUAACAAGUAAGAAGAAAAAAUAGAUAAAUACAAACAUAAGUUUACAAAUAACUAAAUAUUCAAUGAAUUAUAAACAUAAAGAGUAAGAAUGGCACUUCAAACUGGUAGAUUCAAGAAAAAGCCUCAUUUUAAAAUUGUACUGAAGCCAUUUCGUUACAAUCCCCACUGAGGAUAUGAUUUUAAAUUUAUGCCCUAGUGAUUUUAAGACAAACAUUACUAUUUUGAACUCUUUUUCCCUUGGAAAUCAACAUUUGUAAACCAAGGUUGGAACUUCUUAUUAGGCCUAAAUUGUCAGUCACAUCAACUGACCUAUUGGUAUUUGGGGUUUUUGAAAAGAAAUUUUUAAAAUUGUUUUUAAAUUGGUAAUGUUUGGUCAGAACAUUUAAUUAAGCACUCAGUAUAUGCAGUGGUUUAUGUAUCUAGGAUAAUGCCCAAGGUGCACGCCAUUCGUACCCUCGAAUGGCACGUUCACCGAGGGCAUUAUGCGACUUAACCCACACCUGUGACGUCAUGCUCUAGUUAAAAUCGCUCCAUUAUUUUGCAUGAAUGGCGGGAUAUUGUUCAAUUUUUAAGUCUGUUGUCUGUAUGUAUUGCGUAAGCUUGUUCGUACACCAGUGAACACCACCGUUGGUGCGUGAACAUGGUACAUGGACGAAGACCAACAUUUAGGAAAUACGCUCGUUUGAUAGUGCCAUCAUGGAUUCGGGAUCGAAAGUGGCAGCAGAUAAAUGAUUUUUUUUUCUGACUCAAAGUUAAUUUAGACUAUGACAUUGAUGAUGUUGUAGCUGACUUGCUGAUUAACAAAUUUAAGCUAACUUCAUAAUAGUCAAUGUUAAACAAUUUCGAUAUUUUUUAGAAAUACUGGGUGGGUGGGUUAAAAGUAAUAACUGAAAAUCAAAACUCAGUUUUUUUUACAUUAAGUUAUGAUAAAAAUAAGAAAUAAAUAAAAUACCACUCUGGUCCAUACCUUC